AUGUCUUUUGCCCCUAAUCCAGAAGUGAAAAGAAAAGGUGUCCGUGUGGCUAAGGACGAGAAACCUGUUGGUGGACCUGUCCACCAGCGCGAUUUACAUCCAUGUAAACCUGUGGUCACGGCCGUCGAGGAGACAUUUUCAUCUGGAGAGAGUAGAGCACAAGUUCCUCCUCAAACAGGCCGGUGUACACAUGAAGAUCUGAAGCCAUCGAUUUUAGACCAGUUGGGAAAGCUGUCGACUGAGUUGAAGCAGCAAUUAUCUCAAAUUGAGAGAAAAAUAUGCAGGCGAUUAGGUCUUCCCGAUCCUACCAUAAAGACGACCUGCAAGAGGAAGGCAAAUGAUGAUACUCAUAGAAAUUCUGGGUUUCAGAAAAGUGGUGGCCCCCAAACGCAGCCUCCAACCAGCAGGGCAAAAAAAAAACAAAGUCCACAUGUAGUUGCCCUAGCCAGAAUAACCAGUCGUGUUUACUUUGGUCGAGAGAAGACAACGGCGUCUCUGAAGUGGUGGUGUACGUUUUUCAUACAGGGUACGCGUACACCCGACGAUGGUGGCCUGCAAGUAGAAGAAACUGGGACUCCGGUCAUUCUGAAAACCUUGUCCAAUGUUCUAUUUGCGUUUCCUAAGACCUAUGUUUCACGACCAAAGAGUCCUAUAAACAACCGUUGCCAGACUGAAAAACCCAUAAGUGUUGAGUGUGAGGAAACAAACCCUAACGCUUCUGAUCCAAAGGUUCCAUCCACUAGAAUUGAAGACGUUGGUGAACCAGGUCCUGCUAAAAAAUUGAAAGUUUCAAAACCAGCACUUGUCGAACAUAAACAUUUCGGAGUUCCUUCCCCCGUUGGGGAGGAAGAAAAAUAUGACAGCUGCAAGGAAGAUAUCUGCAAUGAUUCCCAGUUGCAAGAGGAAGUAACCCAAGAGAAACGAGGCCAUCAGAUUUCAGACACGGACGAGAACUCUAAUGAUGCGUAG